CGCAUUCCUUCACCUCCUUCAACUUCGCGAGCUUCCGCUCGUACCUAACCACCACUGCGGAGGCCUGGUCUGCCGCCUGGCACUCGUCGCGAUGGCGGCCACCGUCAAGUUCAAGAUGCCGACUGACCUCAAGGAGUGUCCACACAAGACUGAAUUCCCUCCACUGACCGCUUGGGAUUACGAAGUUUCGAUCAAUGUUGGCAAACAGAAGAAGGAGUUUCGGGUCUUCAAGGGUCUUCUGACUUACUACUCAUCAUACUUUGCGGCUGCUCUCAAUGGAAGCUUCAAAGAGGGCGUCACCCAGGUUGUAGAGCUUGAAGAAGAUAAACCAGAAGUGUUCGAGGCUUUCAAGAGAUGGAUGUAUAACAGACGCCUACGGGACCAGGAUCCGACCCCCUCUUGGCUCAAAUCGACAAAAUACCACCAGUUCUUGUGCGAGGUCUUUGUGUUCGGCGAUAUGAGAGGCAUACCAGGCCUCAAGAACAUGGCCAUCGAUCAGCUUCAUAGAGCAACCGCCGAAAGUUGGGUCGUUCCGAAUGAUGCCAUCAAAUACGUUUACGACAACACACCCGAAUCGUCAGCUCUACGCAGCUUCAUUUUAUGCAUCUACCGUUCUACACUAGCUUCUGUCAAGGCUUUCAUGGAACACGGCAAGGAUCACCUCACGAUUGACUUCAUCUUCGAUCUCCUGAACGAGGUGGACGCGCAGGGUGGUUGGAAGGGCAUGAGCCAAUUGUCAUGGGCAAGAAUGGACCGAUGCCAAUGGCACGAUCACUCCAGCCCGGGAGAGAAAUUACCGCCUACUUCGAAGGACGAUGCAACCGCUUGAAGGCACGCUAAAAUCCCCUUCUUGCUUAGCUAAAACUGCGGACACUUUGAUGCUCUGCUAAGGCAGGAAGGAGCUUAACGACGGCUUUUGUUCUCAGAUCUUGGCAACAGAAAACAAUCUAAAGAAAUUCAUGCCUUGGCUAACACAAUGGGGACCUGGAUUGAGACAACGACGGUUGACUCUAUGCCAUGGCCGAACAAUGACAUGGGAGAUGGAAUAGUGGCUGGCUCGUCGGAUCAAGGGCGCUCACAACACGCUGAGUGGUAUCGACAAAACUAUGAGAUACAAAUACAAGCUAUGCUCUCAUCGUCGUCGACACUAAUUGGUGAUCAUUUCGAGUUAAGGAUGGAGGUUCUAGAGGCCAGGAGUCGUCUGAUAGCGCCUGGUUAUGGAACCACUUUUUCGUGAACCAAUGAAUGCCUGACCUUGUCCCCUU